UCUGUCUAGAGAUAACUUGCACCAGCGCAGGACCUAGACGUAACUGCAUAUGAAAAAUAGCUUUUCGUAGCCCCAUCCGGUCCGAAAACAAAUAUCCGUGAUUUCACGGCGAGCAGUUAUUUUUCAGGAAAGAAACUUACUCGCCGCAAAAGUUAUCAGCUGGAUCAAUACGGUUUCUGGCGUCACACAAACCACGUGUCGCAUCGUGUGACAUUGAAAGCAGACGAUAAUUUUUGUUCUUCUUGUUGACAUUAAAGAAAGCGACAGAGAGAAAAAAAAGAAUGAAUAAAAAGAGGGAUAAUUGAUGUAGGAGUGCCGUGUGGAAAUUUGUUUAAGUUUUUACAGUAGAAUUUUUCUGUCAGUGGGAGGGGACCUUAUCACUUUGUGGCUCAAACAUGCUUGAAAAUUCUACUUAUACUUGGAUAAUUGGUGGCCUUAUAGUUCUUUUUAUCUAUAUUAGAUGGUACCUUAGCAGUAACGAUGACUACUGGGAGAAAAGAGGAGUGCCGUAUCUCCCUCGCAUGAGCUUUUGGACCUUGCUAUACAUGCCUUUUACAAAAAGUAUCAUGGAGGUAUUUGAAGAUAUGAUGGUAAAACAUGAAUUAGGACGAGUAUUUGGUGGUUUUGAAGGCACUAAACCGAACCUCGUCGUAAAUGAUCCAGAUCUUCUGCGAGACGUUUUGGUGAAGGAUUUCCAUGUUUUUCCUUAUAGAAGGUUGAUACCAACUGGGGAUCCAAUCGCCGACAGCAUGGUUACCGUGGUAACCGGAGAAGACUGGAAGCGUAUAAGGACCAUCAUCACUCCAGCUUUCACUUCCAAGAGAAUGAGACAAAUGAGUGCGAUUAUGAACGAAUGUUCAAAAUCACUUAUUGAAGUUUGCGAAAAGCAGUACGAGAAAGGAGAACCAGUUGACUGCAAAGGGUUAUUUGCCGCCUUCACAAUGGAUGUGAUUGCCAGAUCCGCUUUCGGCACUCAGAUUGACGCUCACAACGAUCCGCAAAACGAGUUCGUCAGGAAGGUCCGAGAGAGUUUCCUCUCCUUCACCAUCCCGCGCCUUAUUUUCAUAAUGUUGAUUCCAUGGUGGAUUUUGAAGUGGUUUCCAGCCAGCCUGAACCCGAUGCGAAUGGACAAAGACAAUUUUUUCAAAAAUGUCACGAUGAAAGUCAUUCAGAAAAGGAAAGAAACUGGAAGGAGGUACAAUGAUUUUCUGCAACUCAUGAUGGACGCAGCCGAAGAAAACGCUCAGUCCGAAAAUAAGGAAGUGAUUGAAGACGAAACGGAUCGUUUUGGUAGCAUCACAAGCAGCGGAAUUUCAUCAUCUAUUAAGUACAAAAGUCUGACUGACGACGAACUGUUGGCUCAGUGCGUUUUAUUUUUCAUGGUCGGCUACGAAACAACUGCGAACAUUCUCACCUUCGUCGCUUAUUGCCUGGCCGUGAAUCCGGAGUGGCAAGAGAAGCUGAUCCGAGAAGUCGACGAGGCUUUUCGAAAGCACGGAGAAAUGAGUUAUGACGCCGUGCGGGAAAUGAAGAUCUUGGAUGCCGUGGUGUCUGAGACCUUGAGGAUGCAUCCAACCAUAACUUCAGGUGAGAGAACGGCGGUGGAAGAUUACGUGCUGGGAAAUACAGGUAUAGUCGUAACAAAAGGCAUGCGGAUCCUUUUUCCCACUUUGGCCAUGCAUUAUGACCCGGAGUUUUUCCAGGAUCCUAAGACGUUUAAUCCCGAGAGAUUUAUGGAUUCGUAUGAACCAAAGCAUCCCCAGUACGCUUAUCUACCGUUUGGUGCAGGACCCAGAAACUGUCUCGGAAUGCGGUUCGCUCUGCUAGAAAUUAAGAUGUGCAUAAGCAAUCUUCUCCGACAUUUCAGACUAAAGCCGCACUCUACGACAAAGGUACCGCUGGAAUAUAAAAAAGGAAUGAUACUCCUUUCGAUAACUGAUCUUCCCCUCACUAUGGAAAAAAGGACGGAUGUGAGACAGUUAUCUGUGAUCUAAGACAAGAACAAAAGAAUCAAUUUAAAUGACCUUAGAGCUUUUUUAUUUUUACAAAAAAUAAAUGUUUAUGUUUUUGUUUCCAA